AAUGCUUUGGAGCUAUGAAAACGUGCAAUGUAACCUCAUUUCAUGCAAGUGUAACAUAAUAUGAUACAUAAAAUAAAAGAAUUUUUAUACAGAGUGAAUCUAAAUAAUUAAUAUUUUUUUGGUGUAAAUUAAGAAUUUUAUUAUAAGCACAAGAAAACAUAUAGCAAACAAUUUAUAAUGGAAAUACGAAAAUGGGAAGAAUUAGAUGUGCAAUUAAGCAAUCCUGUACUAAAAACACUCAAACAAUUAAAAUUUUUCAAUAUGACACCAGUUCAGGCUGCUUGCAUACCAUUAUUAUUGAGUGGUAAAGAUGUUGCAGCAGAAGCAGUUACAGGUAGUGGGAAGACACUUGCUUUUCUUGUUCCUCUAUUAGAAAUAUUACAAAAACGACUAGAAAAGUGGAGAAUUAUGGAAGUAGGAGCAAUAGUAAUCAGUCCAACAAGAGAAUUAGCUACACAAAUUAGUGAAAUUUUGGAAGAAUUUUUAAAAAGAAUUCCAUUAAUGAAGCAAGUUCUAUUGGUUGGAGGUGUGACGCUUAAAGAAGACGUAGAAAGAUUAAAGAAGGGAGUGAAUAUUAUUGUUGCCACACCUGGACGAUUGCAAGACAUUCUGUCCAAUUAUAAUUCUAUAAAUUUGAACAUAAAAUCCCUGGAAUUUCUUGCAUUAGAUGAGGCAGAUAGAUUACUAGAUUUGGGCUUUUCUAACACUUUAAAUAGCAUUUUGAGCUACUUGCCACGUCUUAGAAGAACAGGAUUAUUCUCUGCAACUCAGACGAAAGAGUUGCAGCAACUGAUUAGAGUAGGAUUGAGAAAUCCGGCGCUAGUUGUUGUGAAAGAGAAGUCCAACAUAUCGACGCCCAUAAAUUUGAACAACAGUUACGCGAUUGUUCAACCUGAGUGCAAAUUAGCUGCGAUGAUCAAUUUUAUACGUUCAAAGGGAUUUCGAACAAAGUACAUGAUAUUUUUGUCCACUUGCGCGUGCGUGGAUUAUUUUAGUCGAAUUGUUCAAACUUUAUUGCCAUCGAUAAACGUAUUUGCUCUCCACGGUAAAAUGAAGAGCAAGAGGUAUAAAAUAUUUGAUGAGUUUCGACAGGCUGAAAGUGGCAUUCUCAUAUGUACCGAUGUAAUGGCUCGUGGAAUUGAUAUAUCCGAGAUAGAGUGGGUGAUACAAUAUGACCCUCCUUCUACUGCUAGCAGUUUUGUACACAGAUGCGGUAGGACCGCUAGAAUUGGCAACAAAGGGAACGCAUUGCUGUUACUCCUGGAAACAGAAGACGCGUAUGUCGAUUUUAUCAAGAGGAAUCAGAAAGUAGAGCUGCAAAAAAUAGAAUUGAAUCAGAAUUCUGUGGAAGAAUGUUUGCAGUGCAUGAGGAAUUUGCAACAAAAAGACCGGCUUGUGUUCGACAAGGCAAAUCGCGCAUUCGUUUCGUAUAUUCAGGCAUAUGGUAAACACGAGUGCAAUCUAAUUCUUCGAUUAAAAGACAUAAAUUUAGGAAUGCUGGCAAUGGGUUUUGGACUACUGAGAAUGCCAAGAAUGCCUGAACUCAAAGGAAAAGACGUGUCAUCCUUUGUCGGCCCUGAGGUUGAUAUUAAUUCGAUACCAUACGCAAACAAACAACGUGAAUUACAUAGAAUGGAGAAACUUACCACGUAUCAAAAUACUGGUGUUUGGCCGAAUAAGAAUAAUAAUAGGAAUAAUAAUAAGCGAAAACAAACUGAAUCCUGGUCAGAAACUAAGAAGAGAAAGCUUGAGAGGCAAGAGAAACGAAGUAAACGGCAAGAAAAGAAAAUAUUGAAACAACAAUCUUCAACGACUUCUAGUAAGAAGAAAAAACGAAUGGAUAAGGAAGAUAUAGAGGAAUUAGCAAAGGACAUAGCGCUAAUUAAAAAAUUUAAAAAAAAGAAGGAAAUAAGAAUCUUUGUUUCGUGGGAAGGAAUUUUAUUGCAGAGUUUUAUUUUUGCGAAUACAAUGAGACUCGCAAAACUCGCUUCUACAAGGCCCACUACUUUAUUCAUCCCCACCAUCGACCUGUAAAGGCGUUCCCUCUAUCUUCCAAACCAUAGUCCAGCGGGCAUUACAGUCUCAAAAGGGGGGGAUCAUCAACUUCCAUCGGAACGACUGACUGUCUACCGCUUUAAUGGCUCACGCAUGUUUGCGUAGUGUGUCAAAUAAUUGCCUGAGAUAAGUUUAGUGUUGUCUGAGUUCAGAAGAAUAUGAUAGAA